UAAUAUAAUAUUGAACGUUUUUAAAGAAAGUUAUACUUAUUAGUUAGGUAUAUGUAAUUUGUUACGAUUUUUAUUUUUAUACUAUCCCAAAAAGAUUAAUUGACUAUUUGUUACUAACGACGGCUCAUCAUGGAAACCUAUGACGUUAUUGUUAAUCAGCCAGUUGUCAUAGACAAUGGAUCAGGUGCAAUUAAAGCUGGAUUUGCCGGGGAACAAACCCCAAAAUGUUGUUUUCCAAAUUAUAUUGGACGACCAAAGCAUGUUAGAGUAAUGGCUGGUGCUUUAGAAGGAGAUACAUUUAUUGGACCGAAAGCUGAAGAACAUCGUGGUUUGCUAUAUAUCAAAUAUCCUAUAGAACAUGGUAUUGUAACUGAUUGGAAUGACAUGGAAAGAAUAUGGCAAUAUAUAUAUGGUAGUGAUCAACUUCAAACAUUUUCUGAAGAACAUCCUGUCCUGUUAACUGAAGCCCCUCUAAAUCCACGACGAAAUCGUGAAAAAGCUGCGGAAAUAUUUUUUGAAACGUUCAACGUUCCUGCAUUUUAUGUGUCUAUUCAGGCAGUUCUUAGUUUAUACGCAACUGGUCGCACUACUGGAGUUGUUUUAGAUUCUGGUGAUGGAAUUACUCACACUGUUCCAAUUUAUGAAGGUUUCGCCAUGAAACACGGUAUUAUACGAUUAGAUUUAGCUGGCCGAGAUAUAUCACGCUAUCUUAAGUUAUUACUAAGAAAAGAAGGUUUAAAUUUUUCUACAUCUGCAGAAUUUGAAGUAGUUAGAGCAAUUAAAGAAAAAGCUUGUUAUGUAGCUUUAAGUCCAGUUAAAGAAGAAUCAUCUGAUAGUAAUAUAUAUCAAUAUAUGCUACCUGACGGAAACAAAGUUGAUAUUGGCCCAGCUCGUUUUCGCGCUCCAGAAGUGUUAUUCCAUCCAGAUUUAAUUGGUGAAGAAUGUGAAGGCUUACAUGAAGCAUUAGUUUAUUCAAUACAAAAAUCUGAUUUAGAUGUACGAAAAAAAUUAUAUCAAAGUAUUGUACUAGCUGGAGGAUCAACUCUAUUAUCUGGAUUUGGUGAUAGAUUAUUAUCAGAAAUUAAGAAACUAGCACCUAAAAAUAUGAAAUUAAAGAUUUUGGCGCCCCAGGAACGUCUGUACACAACGUGGAUCGGAGGUUCCAUUCUGGCGUCGUUGGGCACAUUCCGCCGGAUGUGGGUGUCAAAACGAGAAUUUUUCGAAGAAGGCUCAAGGGUGAUACACAGAAAAACGAUGUAACACCGCCUCCGGGUCGCUCACUGCUGCCUGCCACGUUUACGACCCUUUCGGUCGAACGUCACUUCGAGGUACACGGUCAUAAUAUUGCCUUACGCGGAUCAAUCAUCAAUUAUAUUAUCGUCUUUUCAAAAUGACGUCUCGUAUAACAAAAAAGUAUUCUAUUCCACGUGGAUGGUGUUUCGUACACAAACACGUGUUUUUUUUCUAACACGGUUUUAGUCCGACCCUUUCCGUCAUCCCUAUCCGCGCGACGACCAACCACAAACAAACAAGCUCUUGUACAAAUACCUAUUUUUUUGUCAGCCCAUUCGUUUACUUCUUAGUUUUAUUAUUAUUAUUACUAUUUGUUUCGCUUAUCGAUGUGUAUUUAAUAACGAUUAUAUAAAAUAUAUUAUAUUAUAAUAUUUAUUGUAGGAUUAUUCUCUUUUUUUAUAAUGUUUAAAAUACUUCACUUCUGUAUAAAUAAAUAUAAUAUACAGGUACGACGAGGGUCUCGGUCGUAUACGAGUAAUUUUUAAUAUACCUAUAAAUAUUUUAUUGUUCUGCAAAAUUAAUUUUAAUAUAAUAAUAUAUCUACGACGUCGCCGCAGUCUUAACAGUUAAUCGAGAUCGGUUCAUAGCGUCUGUAAAAUAUAUAUUUACUAAAUUAAAUUAAUUUAUUUUUACUGUUGAAAUAAAAAACAAUUUCUAUUAAAAAUAACCGUUACUAUAAUAAUAUGUUUAUGUGUAAAUACCAACUCUCGCUACAUGUAUUAUUAUAUAAUUAUAAUGUUAUUUUGUCGAACCUAGCUGCCGCAGUUUGACUGACAAAAUUUGUAUUAAUUUGCCAAAAAAUAAAUACAGUUACUUAACAAUAACAAAUAAA